CUUAUUGUAUACCAUAUUAAUUGCAUAUCAACUUUAAUCAUACUGUCGCAUAAACAGGCAAUACCUACAACAAUGAUUUCUAUCGAGUAUCAGUUAUUAUCGAUAAGAUGUACAGAAAUUGAUAUCUAGGGUAACUGCUUUUAAUCAAGGCUUAAUUUUUAUCAGAUGAAUUAAGUCCAUCAAUUGAAGAAAAAAAAAUUUGCUGAUCGAGAACAAUUGACAAAAUCAUUUAUUUUUCAAGGGUAGUUAAGUGUGAAUUUUAAGAUUUUCAGUGGAGUUUUGUGAAAAAGUUUAUUUAAAAUGUCAAUUAAUCCCAGACUACUUGUACAUCCAGAAUCAUUAUCAGAAAAAGAUUUAAUAAGUCUAAUAAAUAAGAGUAGGUGCAAAGAACUACCAAAUAACAGAAUCUACACUAAGACAGAAUUAAUAAAAAUAUAUAAAAAGACAGUUUUACCUUUACCCCAAAGACAGUAUAAUGUAGCAAAAUAUUUAGGAAAGAAAUUGCAUGAACUCAGGGUAACACGAAAAAUACCUACAGCAACAGGAAAAGAGUUGGAUUUAAAAAGUUCUAAUUUAGAAGAUCUUUCAAAUUCGGCUAAUAACAACAGAUUAAAUCAACCUAAAGAUGAUGAUGAUGAUGCUGUGUCAAAUGUAAAUGGUCUUUCUAAUUUAUGCACAGAUAAUACUCAAUUUGAAAAUGGAUUUAAGCGCAAAAUAGAUGAUCAAAAUGAGACAAAAAAAAAAAUCCAAAAAAUUAUGUGGCCAUAAACUAUUUUUAAGUCAUUUUUGUUGUAAAUAGGAUAUUGAGAAUGGAAGGAAAUUAUAUAGUAAUCUAUUAUUAUAUGUAUUAAUGUACAAAUCAAAUUUUACCUACACACAACAAUGAAAUUAGUAUGAAAUUACUUUUCAUACUAAUCAGUAAUUUUUAAGAUAGAUUUUACUUUGAAUAGAUUUCUACAUUAAAAGAAAAAUAAUGCUGGAAUAAAAUAUGUGAUGUUCAAGUAUUUAUUUUUUUAUUAUUUAAAUUAAAAAUAUAAUAGAUUGUAUAUUGUUAAUAAAUCUAUUCUUUAAAUUCA